AUGCGGGACCACGGUCUGGAGCUCGCGGAAGCGAAAACGGAGAUUAUGCUUUUGCCUAAGAAGCGCAUGCAGGUGGGAGACAUGACGAUAAAGACUAAGGCGGCCGUUAAGUAUCUAGGAGUAACUCUGGAUACCCGGCUCACCUUUUGGGAGCAGAUUCGGAAGAUUGCACACAAAGCACCAGCAGUGACGGCAUCCUUGAGCAGGGUCAUGGCUAACAUAGGCAGGCCUCGGCCAUGUAAGCGGCGACUACUGAUGCGCACUGCUGAAGCCAUCCUGCUGUAUGGCGCUGAAAAUUGGAAGGAAACUGAUAACAGACCAACAAUUUGGGAAUAUUCCGAGUCUCGUGGUGUAAAACACUAUGUUUUAAACCAGUUAGGCACGAAUUACGGAAUAUUAGAUUUAUUUUUUGUUGUGUUCGAUGAAAAUUUGUGGGACAUUGUAGUUACGCAAACAAAUCUUUACGCGGAACAAAUAAUGGACAAUGGGAGAAAGAGGCUGGAUGAUGGUUGGUUUUCAGUUACCAAGGAUCAAAUAUUGGCCUAUUUUGCGCUGUGUGUUUUGAUGUCGCAAGUCAAAAAAGCAACUAUACAAAUGUAUUGGUCUAAGCGGGAAGUUAUAGAAACACCUGUAUUUGGUAAAGUAAUGCCGCUCAAAAGAUUUACUCAAAUAUUACGAUGUUUGCAUUUCUCGAAUAAUGUAAGGGAUUGCAACAACGACCGCCUUUACAAGAUAAGACCAAUCAUUAAUUACUGGAACCACAAAUUUGAUAAGAUGUACACACCGGAAAAAGAUAAAAGUAUUGAUGAGUCAUUAAUGCGAUAUAAAGGCCGUUUAUCUUAUAAACAAUUUAACCCAUCCAAACGAGCCAGAUUUGGAUUAAAAAUAUAUAAACUAUGUGAUGCAAAUACUGGAUUCUGGAGCAAGUUUAAAAUAUAUACUGGCCAAGAUAAAAUUGACCUAAAUGAUAGUGCAUCAGAAAAUGUUGUGAUGGAAUUGGCAGAAUCGGUACUAAAUAAAGGAUACACAUUAUGCAUUGAUAAUUGGUAUUCCUCACCCGCUCUCUUUCUAAGAUUGCACAAACAAAAAACAAAUGUUAUCGGCACCGUACGUAGUAACAGGAAAAAUAUGCCAAAGGAUCUUUCAACAAACAAGUUAAAACCAGGAGAACGUGUAUACAGAACGUGCAAUGGGUUGUUAGCUUUAAGAUGGAAGGACAGACGUGAUGUCUAUAUGUUGACAACGAAACACGCAUCUGUGGAAUUAACCGAAGUGACGGACAAACGAGAUAGGACGAAAUUGAAACCCAACUGCGUGAUCGAGUACAAUAAAGGAAUGGGUGGAAUUGACCUCAAUGACCAAAUGUUGGCAUAUUUCCCCAUUAUGAGGAAAUGCCUCAAGGGUUAUAAAAAACUCUUUUUUUACAUGUCUGACAUGGCCCUAUUUAAUGCAUACGUUAUGAAAAAUCAAUUACCAAACAAUUACGGAAGACAAUCAUACGCGAAUUACAGAAUAGAUAUAGCCGAGGCAAUUUUGAAAUAUGUACAGCUGCCUGACUAUGCAAGACGCGGGAGAUUCGCAGAAAUUCAAACACCAUUACGCUUACAGGCACAAUAUUGGGGUCAUUUCGCGAAACAUAUUGAUAAAACUCCUAAAAAGCAACAUCCAACUAGAAUGUGUAAAGUGUGUUACAGACACAAAAAACGAAGAGAAACGACUUGGGAAUGCACAAAAUGUAAGGUGGCUUUGUAUAUACCGGAAUGUUUUAUAAACUAUCGUACCAUGCAGGAUUAUUAAUUUUAGACUU